AUGGAUCGCCUGACCAACUCCCUCCACAUAUUAUGGCAUCGAAAGACGGAGAGAUCUAUUCACGCGUGUAGGAUCAGUUUGGUCGGGAGUAAAUUGAUAUCUCUCUCUGAGCAGAGAAUUUGCGAGACUAUCUAUGUAAAACUGUUUCCAUCUAUCUAUCUAUCUAUCUAUCUAUCUAUCUAUCUAUCUAUCUAUCUAUCUAUCUAUGUAUCUAUCUAUCUAUCUCAGUUUCUUUCCAUCUCAGCCAUCUAUCUAUCUAUCUAUCUAUCUAUCUAUCUAUCUAUCUAUCUAUCUAUUUCAUUCAGUUUCUUUCUUUCCAUCCCAGCCAUUUCUUCAUCUAUCUAUCUAUCUAUCUAUCUAUCUAUCUAUCUAUCUAUCUAUCUAUCUAUCUAUUUCAUUCAGUUUCUUUCUUUCCAUCCCAGCCAUUUCUUCAUCUAUCUAUCUAUCUAUCUAUCUAUCUAUCUAUCUAUCUAUCUAUCUAUCUAUCUAUCUAUCUCAGUUUCUUUCCAUCUCGGCCAUUUCUUUAUCUAUCUAUCUAUCUAUCUAUCUAUCUAUCUAUCUAUCUAUCUAUCUAUCUAUCUAUCUAUCUAUUUCAUUCGGUUUCUUUCUUUCCAUCCCAGGCAUUUCUUCAUCUAUCUAUCUAUCUAUCUAUCUAUCUAUCUAUCUAUCUAUCUAUCUAUCUAUCUAUCUAUCUCAGUUUCUUUCCAUCUCAGCCAUUUCUUUAUCUAUCUAUCUAUCUAUCUAUCUAUCUAUCUAUCUAUCUAUCUAUGUUUAUAUUUGUUUGACAGCGUGGAGAACCAGCCAACAGUCACUGUAGAACCUCCAGCUGUCACGCGGGAACCUCCAGCAGUCACAGUAGAACCUCAAGCUGUCACGCGAGAACCUCCAGUAGUCAUAGUAGAACCCCCAACAGUCACUGUAGAACUUCCAGCUGUCACCAUAGAACCUCCAGCAGUCACCGUAGAACCUCCAAAAGACACUGUAGAACCUCCAAAAGUCACUGUAGAACUCCUAUCACAUUCUGUCACUUUCUCUCACUCUCUAUGCCCCCCCUCUCUCUCUCUCUCUCUCUCUCUCUAUGUCUCUCUCAUAUACUAUCUAUCUAUCUAUCAGAACAUCUCCCUCGCUUUCUCUCCCUCUCAGUUUCUUUCUCUCUCUCUCUCUCUCUCUCUCUCUCAACCUCUCUCUCUAUAUCUCAACCUCUCUCUGUCUGUCUCACAUUUACAUAAAGUUCUUCUUUUCCCAUACAUCAUGCAUAAAUUAAUGUAUUUUAUAUUAUUACUUAGUUUGUUUAUCUAUCUAUCUAUCUAUCUAUCUAUCUAUCUAUCUAACAUUAUAUAUAUAUAUAUAUAUACCAUCUGUCCAUAUCUAUCUAUCUAUCACAGUCCGUUCAAUAUCUAUCUAUCUAUCUAUCUAUCUAUCUAUCUAUCUAUCUAUCUUAAUCUUUCGUUCAUAUCUAUCUAUCUAUCUAUCUAUCUCAUACUGAUUCAGUCUAUCUGUCUGUCUAUCUAUAUCUAUCUUAUUGAUUCUAUCUAUCUAGCUAGCUAUCUCAGUCCGUUUCUUUUUCUUUCUUUCUUUCUUUCUUUCUUUCUUUCACUGCCAUUGAGCAUAUUAUUCUCCCUGAGGUCGACCUUCACUCCCAAUCCCAAUACCAUGGGGUUGUUUCAGGUACAGCCAGGCUACGGUAAGUCUAUUUAUCUAUCUAUCUAUCUAUCUAUCUAUCUAUCUAUCUAUCUCGGUCUUGUCAUGAUCUAUCUAUCUAUCUAUCUAUCUAUCUAUUCAUCUAUCUAUCUAUCUAUCUAUGUCAGCCUUGUCAUGAUCUAUCUAUCUAUCUAUCUAUCUAUCUAUCUAUCUAUCUAUCUCGGUCUUGUCAUGAUCUAUCUAUCUAUCUAUCUAUCUAUCUAUCUAUCUAUCUAUCUCGGUCUUGUCAUGAUCUAUCUAUUCAUUCAUUCAUCUAUCUAUCUAUCUAUCUAUCUCAGUCUAUCUCAGUCAUCUAUCUAUCUAUCUAUCUAUCUAUCUCGGUCUUGUCAUGAUCAUCUAUUCAUUCAUCUAUCUAUCUAUCUAUCUAUCUAUCUAUCUAUCUAUUAUCUAUCUCGGUCUUGUCAUGAUCUAUCUAUCUAUCUAUCUAUCUAUCUAUCUAUCUAUCUCGGUCUUGUCAUGAUCUAUCUAUCUAUCUAUCUAUCUAUCUAUCUAUCUAUCUCGCUAACUAGCUCUCUAGCUAGCUCAAUCUAUCUAUCUAUCUAUCUAUCUAUCUAUCUAUCUAUCUAUCUAUCUAUCUAUCUGUGCAUUUUUGCCGAUUGCCUUACUCGUUUUCCGCCGUUCGAUAAUGUGCAUAUCUAUCUAUCUAUGUCACUCCGUUUCUUUCUUUCUUUCUUUCUUUCUUUCUUUCUCAGUCCGUUUCUAUCUAUCUAUCUAUCUAUCUAUCUAUCUAUCUAUCUAUCUAUCUAUCACUCCCUUUCUUUCUUUCUUUCUUUCUUUCUUUCUGUUUCCGUUUCUUUCUUUCUUUCUUUCUUUCUUUCUUUCUUUCUUUCUUUUCUGAUCAGCUUAAUCCGAUUCUCUCUCUCUAUUUCUUUUUAUUUUCUCACUGAAACCAAUUAG